CUAAAGUGUUAGUUUAGGGAAGAAUAAUCAUACGAAACUAGGAAAUGGAUUUGCAAGCGCUGACUGUCAACGGAAUAGUGUAAAGAUGAACCACGGAGGAGUAUAAGUAGACAAUAAGUGUAUUACAAUAUAAGUUUUGUGUGCAUACAAGACCUCAUUUCAUUUUUUGGACGCUACACAAGACCACUGGAAAAUUUAUCUUUAUAAAGUGUCAAUAGUGUCUGGAACCAGUAUUGUGUUUUUGGUGGAAUAGAAGAAAAUAUUAGAGAAAAUAUUAAAGAGAAAAUAAAGUGAAUUGUGAAGCAAGCAAGGAGCACUUCAAGCUAUAUCCGGGUCACCACAAGUCUUUGGAUCUUAAGCAUUGAGUUUUUCCUUCAUCUAUUGGAAGAAGGUGGUAACAUGGACGAGAACACUUUGUAGGGAAAGGAGUUGGCAGGGGAGGUAUAGGUCCCUCCUCCCACCAUCCCAGUUCGCCUACUCCAGUUUCCUGUUUCCUCGUGGCGCGCUGGUGAGCCGAUCCUGCUGAAGAAGCAAGCCAUGGGGGGGACCUCUUGCAUCGUUGGCCUGGUGACUGUCACGCUCCUCCUCCUCCUCAACCUGGGCUCGCUCGCCACCGCCGCCGCCCCUCCCUACAAAUGCUUCUCAUACUUAGCCUCCAGCAACGCAAAUAGAAGCCAUGACAAAAGUGAGACCGGACAACCGGGAGAGGCUGCGAAAUGUCCUGGGGAGCUGUGCACAGCCAUAGAGCCGACUGGCGACAUCAUCAGGCAAGUUGGAGACUCCUACGAAGCCUACUGCCUCUUCGACUCGGAUUACGUCAACGCUUCCGAUGUUUCCUUUGGCUACAGAAGCGGUGACAAGUUCAACAGGUUUCCUCAUCAGGUUGUCAAUGCGUCAGCCAUCAAAAUAAAUGUGAAGACGGAAGAACCUAAGAGCUACGAUUUAUGGUGCGCUCUGAGAGAGAAGUAUCACCUUUGUUCAAGAAUCGUCAAAGUUGGAUACCCUCCUGAAAAUGUGCAGAACUUCACUUGCCUGUCCAAAAACUGGAGCAACCUCAAUUGUACCUGGACGGUUCCUGACAAUCCCGUGAAAGUGCUGUAUUCUGUCACGUACGUUAUCCCAGGCUUCAGAGAGCAAAGUGAAUGUCCUCGUAAAACUCACUACGAGACAUCGUGUUUCUGGGACAAAAACUUAUUUGAUCUUAAUGUAAAAGAUGAAAUCGUCUUGCAUUUUAAUGCAACAAAUAAGCUUAAAGAGGAUGGUGUCAUAUUCAAAUACAAAGUCAACAUCCCAGAGAGUGUACUCCCAAAUCCUGUGGAAAGGUUGACAGCUCUUGUUGAUGGUUCACACAAUGUCACUCUAACUUGGAUACUUCCUCAUCCAAUGGAUACAUUUGGUCUUGUUUUAUGUGAAGCUGCCUACAGACAGCGCCUUGAUGGUGAUGUCUUGGAGGAUGUCCCAUGGAUGGUGGUUGAUCGCUGGAGAGUGCAACCAGACAGAUGGAGUCCGGGAGAGACCUUUAAUAGAACUAUUAAUAAUCUCCUUCCUUACAUUCAGUAUGAUUUCCGUGUUCGCAUUCAUACUGGGUUUGGUGAAGUAAGACCACACAUGUGGUCUGAAGCUGCUAUUCUUACAAAGAGAACUUAUCCAUCAAAUCCAACAGUAGAACCCAAGACAACCAGUGGAACAUUUGAAGUAGAGGAGACACUUUCAUACCGGGACAUUUAUAUCUUAUGGCAAAUUGUUGACCCACUGUACUAUAACGGGCGCAACUUUCAUUACAAUAUCAGUGCAUAUGAUGACAAAAGCAACAGGCUGAUUGCAAAAGAUUCUGCAGAGGUCGAUAUUAAAGAAUCUUAUGCAAAAUUCAGUAAUAUGGAAAAAGAUCUAACCUACAGAUUUGAAAUUAUACCCGUGAAUGAUGAAGGCCCUCCUCUGAAUGCCAAUGUAAGAGCUAUUGUAAUGGUUCCAGGAAAAGCAGAAUUGCUUACACAACCCACUUUCUUUAAAGUUAUAGCCUACAGUGAAGCCAAUAAAACAGUAUACAGCAUGAAGUGGCGUGUUGAUGAUGCAGACGCCCAGGGUGUUGAGACUGUUACGCUUUACUGGUGCAAAAAGAUAAAAUAUGAAGAGCGUUGCCAGGAUAAGCUGGAAUGGGAAAUUAUUGAAGAUCCAGGCUUGAAUGUAAAGAACAUAACUCACUUAGAUGAAACAGCUCUCUACAUGUUUGGCAUUUCUGUGAAUUCAGCACAUUCAUCCAGUGGCAUUAAGUGGCUAACUUGCAUAGCCAGUUUUGGAAACCACCCACCACCUCUGGAGCAUUUUUCAGUCUCAGAAGUAACGUCAACGGAGGUAUACUUGGAGUGGAGUCUUGACUGCAAAGCAAAAGCAGCAGAGCCAAUUGGUUUCAACAUUUCCUACUGUGCUGUAGCUGGAGAUGCACAGAAAUGCCCUGUAGAUGCUGAAAAAUCCUAUGAAUCAAUAAAUGAUGAAACUGCGUUGCAACAUGUUGUGCAUAAUCUUCAUCCAUAUACAAAGUACAUCUUCAAUAUUGCCAUAUUAACACAGAUUGGCCUCAGCAAAUGGAGUAAAUCAGUGCAUGUAGAAACUGAACCAGACAAGCCUAGCGGUCCACCUCAAGACUUCAAAGUGAUCGAGUCUGGUCAGUCGUGGAUAUUGCUUUCAUGGAAGCUUCCCAUGGCCACUGAAAGGAAUGGCAAGAUCAUCAAAUAUAAGUUGUCUUGGGAAUCUUCAUAUGGUCCUAAAGAAGAAAGUGUUAGUGCCAGCAGCUCAUCAGAAAUUACUGAGCAUAAAGUGACUGAAUUAGACCCUUUCACCAAGUACAACUUCAAAGUUACUGCCUGCACUGAAAUCAAGUAUACCGAUGUGUUAUGUGGAAACUAUUCUUCUGAAGUUUUGAGCAGAACAAAGAUUGGAGCUCCUUCAAAAGUCGAUGAUAUUUCACAAAUGGAUGAAUAUGUGAAGUGGGAACAUGAGUGUUCCAAUGGACCAGCAUGUUUUUAUCAGCUUUUGUACACUGUAAACUCUACAGAACAUAUUCAUGAAACAGAGGAAAAUGCAGCUUCUAUUAACAUCAGGGACCUCAAUAUUACUUGCACAAAAGAAGAAAAAGAUAUAACCAUCAAGUUGCGUGCAGUUACUUACAACGAGUCAGAGCAGAAACUCUUUGGCCCAUGGAAGGAGGAGAGUGUCACAUGCUAUUUAACAGGUGUCCAUUGGUGGAUCGUCGUGACCAUCGUCGCUGUCGCCAGCCUUAUUGUCAUCAUUAUUCUCGUUGUCGGUCGAUACAGUUGGGAUAUGAUCAAACAGUUCCUCGUGGAGUUGAAGCUGAAGCCAGUUCUACCUCCCGGAUUCGAGGACACGGAACCUCGUCCGCGGUCUAAAAACAGCUGCUAUAAAGAGAUCUGGACUCCAGCUCGUGAUAGCAUCAGCCACGAAAAGCAGAAAGCGCCUUGUUCGGGAUUGCAGGACGAAACGACAGAACCCGAAUGCGAGGAUUUGAUUCCUCCGGGCGGAGAGCGUACCCAACGAAAUCUGUCAGGUGACUCGGGGACAUCCGAAACUGAUCCAGGUGACUCUUCUGGGUGUUCAACGGGUGGUGAGUCAGACUCAUCGUCAGCUACUGAUCGCCAUCAUCCGUCUUCUGAUUCUGGCACAGUUCAGGAGGAAACAGGAUUCCAUUUGGAUAGAAGUAAAUGGGUUGGAUCUGGCUCGUUGCGACUCCGUACACCUGGACCACCAUAUGUUCGUCAAGGACUGCCAGAUGGGAUAAAUGCAGGAUAUGUAUCAGCAAGUUCAGUACCAAACUUAGCUGUGGGAAUGUCAGAUGGAAGUAUGUCCUUACAUCCAUUCACUCCCAAUGGAGCAUUAGGCACCCUUCCUGAAAUGCCUUUGGGAGCUCGGACAUCCACUGGAUAUAUCAGUAUGCCAGAUGCAGAUGCGGACACUAUUAGCUUAGAUGUGCUUAAUAAUCUCACUCUACCCCACGAAGGAAGACAAGCUGGAUUCCCUGCAUAUUCUCGCCACAACUUCCCAUAUAAAAAGACAACACCUGAAAUGUCUCCCUAUAUUAAAACUGGCUCUUUACCAUGGUUGAAUACCGGGUAUGUAGCUGUUGCUCAGGCUGAAGGUGGAAGGCCAGUGACUACUCCUCCAGCUAGAGGGUAUGUUGCUGUGAGUGAUGCUAUGGGUGUCAUGAAAAGGCAGCCUUCCCUACCAUCCUUGCCCACAGGUUUUACAAAAUCUGUAUCUACACCCGAUGAAGAUUUACCACCAGGUGCUUAUUGCAGGGUUGGUUCUCGCAGUUCACCAGGCCCUCCUCUUGGAGCUUCUGCAGGAUAUGUUGGUAUUACACAGGCAUUACCUGUACAUACUUCACAUAAUUCUGUAACAGCUGCAUCGCCUACAAAUAAGGCCCCUUAUGUAACAUGUGCAAUAGCAGAAUCUUUGGUUUCUCCUAGUAGUAGUCCAGAAAAGGUUAAAGGAGCAUACGUAUCUGUGGGAGAUUUUUCUGGAACACGUUGGGCUCACCCAGUUAUACAACGCGACACUGGUGAAGAAGGCCGGGAGGUUGCUUCUGCACCUGUGGAGAGCUCCCGAGGCCGUCCUUCCGUUCCAACUCGGCCAAGCACUUCAGACGCAACAGUAAAUCAUAAUCGGGGAGGAAGCCGAUGGCCACCUUUAGCCCCGUCACUUUCAAAACAAAGUUCUGGAUAUGUGUCUCAAGAAACAUUAACAUUUCAUGAUCCUGUGGUCAUGUCUCCUAAGAGGCUUUUAGCCCAGAGUCACGAGCCGCAUUCAGUUGUGUUGUCAGCGAAUCAUAAAGCGUCCAUGGUGUGAGAUAUAUAUCAUGAUAAUAAGGAUAUUAAUUUUAUAAACUUUCUGUUGUCGUGAAUUGCGUGAAAUUUUUUUUACAUCUUCGUCGAUGGCUCUUUUGAGGUUUGAUAUUUGAAAACCAUAGUUCUCAGAGACUUUACAGUAACCUCUAUGAGUCAUUUAUGUGACAAGUGAUGUAAUAAAGAAAAUUAUCCAAUAUCUGAAGAAUUUCUUGUGAAAGAAGCUGUACUGAAACACCUAAGGUGUGAAUUGCUAUUUGUUUACGAUGUGAGUACAGUUGUAAACAGUUCUGAUGGAGUUGAUUAACCAGUGUUUGUGUUUCAUUCUCUUUUGUAAAUGUUGGGUGGACAUUACUGUGAAAACUUCAGCUGUGCUGAUGAGGACCCAGUUAAAAUUUAUGUGGUACACCUUUAGAAAGUACAAAGACUUGCCCUUGGUAGUUGAUAUACAGUGCUGAAAUAAGCUAAUUGUGAAUAAAGGUGUGUUGAUUUUUAUGAAUAUUCCCUUAAAAUUUUAAGGGAAGUUGACUCAUGUGUUUUGCAUAUGCGACUUUAAGCAUUCUGACUUUCAGUGUGGUGACGGAAAAUAGGAACUGCCAAGUUGAUUUUUUAACUUUAUAUAUGAAUUGCAUUGCUUCAUUUACAAAAAUUAAAAUACUAUUUUGAAAAAGUUGAAUACUAAAUUUGUAUUAUUGUUGAAAUUGAAUGGAAAAACCAAGAUUAUAUAUUUGAAUAAUAAGAUUUUAUUACACAAGGUAUCAAACAACGAUGUAUUAUUAAAUUUAAUUUCCAUAACUUUUAAGUGUAUAGAUCACAAAUAGAAAUGCAUUGCCUCUUCGACUCCACUUGUGAUGAUGUUUCAGAAUGAGCCAUAUUUUGAUUACUGUACAGUAUUUGGAAUAAACUAACGGAAGUUAUUGGCCAUAAAACCAUAAUAUUGUAAACCAAUAAUUUAUUUAUUUAUCAAGUCAAACUAAAAUCAUGCUUCCUUCCUUUGUUAGCAGAACAGUAGUUCAGGAUAAACCACCAUCGCCACCACCACUAUCCAGAAUGACAAGUGUGUAAAGAAAUUUGGGACUUAGCUCUUGAUGAGGAUGCAAAUUCCUAAUCAAGUUGCUCAUUCCCAGCUGAGUGCCAAGUAGAUUUUUUUCUGUGGUAAGAGUUCCAGACAAUUCCUAAUGCUCAAUAUGUCUCAGUUCCAAUACUCAGUUUGCAUCUCUAGGGGGAAUUCUGGAGCUGUUGCUUCAUAUUUAAUAUUAUGUUAUAGCUACUGUACAUGUGCAGAUAAGGAGAAAGAUUGGUGUACUGUUAUAUCGGGAUUUCUUGCAAAAGUUUUUCUGUAAGGUUGUUUAAAACCAAGUGUCCCCAUUUUAUCUUUUUCCAAUAUUCUCAUGUGAAACCUAUGCAGAAAAAAUUAAAUACUCUCAGUGACAUAAUAAGAGAAAGGUUUUCAGCACAUUUUCAGAUGUGUUUAACGCGAAAAACAAGUGGUAUUGUGGUAGACUCGGUAAUAGUGGGGAUGGAUAUUCUGUUAUGUUUUAGAAUGUUUAUUGCAUGUGCUGUACUUGUUAUCCGUUCAUGUAUGUCAAACUUACCGCCCAUGACUUCUCUCUAAAACAGUUAAAUGUUCAUGCACCAUCAUAGCUUGUUUCUCCAUGCACGUCCAUAAAAUCAAAAAGUGUCCAACCCAGCUAAUAUUGUAACUUUGGUAUACUGUACACACAGGUCAGCCACUGUACUCCAUGCAGCAUUGAAUCUGGCAGCAUUGUUCUUAACAAUGUAGUAUAGGUUUCAUCAUGAUUCCUCAGACUGGUCAGUCAUAAGGACCACAGAGUUUUGUAUCUUAUCAUAUGCCAUUGCUAUGGGAAUGUAAUCCUCAUACGUAAUAAAGGACUUGGCAAUACAGUAGUAUGCCUUAGUCCACAGAAGGAGCCAGCAUUUUGUACUGCCGUACAACAUGAAUGUCUGCUCAAGGUCAAGUGUCCUAAGUGUGUUGUGUGUUUGAGAGAGAGUGCGUCUCCCAGUUACAAGAUUUUAGAAGACUUUAUAUGAAAUGUAUGUUUUUGUUAUAACAGGUAUAGUCAUGUUGAUAGAGUGAGAAAUAAUUGUUCUUUAAGCUGUCGCAGUAUUAAUAAAUAAGGUUAUUGUUUUGGUUUUUAUCAAGUAUUCAAAAAUGUCCAGGAGAGUCUCCAAGAUUAUCCUUUGAGUAAUUUUGAUUUGGAAAUUGUCUUCAUUUGUGAAAUACAUAGUGUUAUGUAAAUUUUGCUUGAUGAUAGGAAGAUAUAGUACUGUCUUUGCAGAAAGGAAUUUUGUCGAGAAACCAAAAAUUUCUAUUAUUUUUACAGGCAAAUUAAGAUCUGUUAUUAGGUACAAAGGAUUUUUAAUGUUUUAUUAUGCAUUACCAACUUUUUGGUUACUAUUUAAUUUUUGUUUUAUUUUUAUAAUGGUAUAUUUUUAUUUAGCUGUAAAUAAUCCUGAUAGAAAAUAUAAUUGGAAGGUAAAUCUAAGUAAUAAGAAUAUUUGGCUUUAUGAGAAAUUUCUGUUAAAGUUAUAAUUUAAAAUUUGUCAAGUGAUAAUGGAGUGGAAUAAUAGCUGAUAUAUGUACAGGGAAGAAUGUAUUAUAGGUAAUAAUUCAUUAUAUUAAAAUACAUUCUAAUCAUAAACAUGAAAUAUAUAAGAUUAUGUCUUCUCUCCUGUAUUUGCAAAUCUCCUUGUUUUUUGGAAAAUGAUUACAGACCUAGAAUGUUACUUUGCAAAUCAUGUUGAAUCUAGUCCCUUAAUUAUACUGUAUUCUUGUACAAAUUGAAGUUAAAAAUAAAUUUUCAUUUAUAUAAUUAAUACAGUCAGCAGUCAUGAGUGUCCUCAUUUGAGUUCUGUAUGUAUUAUUGUGAUACAUGAGAGAUCACAUUUUUAGAAAUUAAUAGUAGAGACUAUGUUGUGCAAAUAUCUCUGUAGAAAGUAAUCUGAACAUCCUGCUUAACAGAUAUAUACUAUUAAGCAUUCUGUUGCAUUUUAUAAUAUAAUAUUUUCUUGUUCAUUUUUAAAUGUUUCAAAAGAGUGAUGUAUAAUGAAAAGGAUAUGAAUAAAAAUUGAAUACUAUAGUAUUUCCCUAAUAAUCAUGACUACUGACUGUGUUAUUUGAACUCUGUUCUCCAAUUUGUAAUGGUAGGACAGAAUAGAUAUAUAAAGAAAUUAAUGGUAUGAAAGAGAUGAUGCAAAGGUAACUCAUGAAAGUAUUUCCUAUAUAGAAUGUUCUUGUCUUCUAUUUUCAUGGCUUUCUCAAGAGUUCUACUCUACUUUAAUGCAAUAUCUCAGAAGCUGCGUUCCACUGACUGUAAGCAUAAGGACAAGAGACAUUGCCACUGCUCAUUUAAGAUUACUACUGUUUUAUUCAUCUCUUUAUUUAUGUCUGUACAUAAAUAUAUGAGUUAGUGAAAUGACCAUUUCCAUUUUAGCUGGAGAAAUUAGAGGUCAUGUUCAUAAUAGAA